AUGCCCUCCCAACGACCACCCAAUGAGAUUUGUUGGAGUGAACAAUUCCCCGUUCAAGAAGAGAGUGGUGCCAUUUCGAUCGGAAGAAAAGUUACAACAUUGGAGAAUGAGGAAAUUCAUCCGAUUGCUUGCCAGAAUUGCAGAGCCAGACACAAACGCUGCGAUAAGAAAAUGCCAUCCUGUUCUAAAUGUCUAUCUAAGGGACUCACAUGCAUAUAUUCUGAACCCAAGAAAAAAGGAAGAACAAAGGGUUCGUCGUCAUCUUCCUCGAGUGCUGGCAAUUCGACCAGCAAUCAUCAUUCAAUGACAUCCUCUGCAGCUCCUUACAUCACAUCUUCCGAUACAUUUCUCUCUCAACAACAAAAUCAAAAACAGCAACACCACCACACGAAUAGUACUGCUAGGAAUGCCAAUUUGGAUGUUCGAAUUUCUCCUCAAAGCAGUGGCAGCAAUGAUUCUUCCAAUCCAACAACAACAUGCUACAAUUCCCAACAACAACAACACAUUCAUGUACCAACACAACAUAGUACUCGACAAAACACUUUGUGUGGUGAAGCUCCGAAUUUGGGUACAGCAGAUGCAACAUUCAAUCUAUUACGUUCUGUAAAGAUGAGCAUUAUUGAUGCCUAUUAUGAAAUUGUUUCAUUGGGAUAUCCUCUCAUUGAACGUCAUGAGUUGGAGAAAUUUAUGUUUGGUCAAGAUUAUGCCAACAAUAAGGAAAUGCUAGCAUUUGUCUACUCACUUCAAGGAAUUUGUCAACAAAGAUUUGGCUAUGCAGAUUUAGCGUAUGAAAAUAUUACAAAAGCAUCACAGACCCUGAAGCAAUUUUUUGACGAAUAUUCUAAUUAUUAUGUAGUGGCUACAUGUUCCAUGAUUGCGUACUUUUAUGUAGGAGAAGGAGAUUCGAAAAAAGCAAGAUUUUACAAUCACUUUGUUGAUUUUUAUUUGAAAGAGCUUGAGCAGCCCUAUAAUGAAAUUCAGAAGAAUUUGUAUUGGGUUAAAUUAUUGAUUGAUUAUUUAUCUAGCCCAAACUUUCCAUUUCUAUUACCGGAUGAACUGAUUGAUUUUUUUCAAAAAAGUUUUAAAUGA